AUGGUGACCCUCACUGCAUCUGGCCCAGCUGUAGGUGGAGCCAACUACAACUGGGCCAGGGGGCGUCAGGCUGUAGGACCCAUCAUCUACUUGCGGGGUUUCCUCAGGCUUUCCCCCGCUAGCCUGCCCCUAGAGGGCCUAGGGGCAGGUGUUGGUACAGGGGCCUCCUGCUACUCCGAGAUCCCCACAAGAGAGAGUAUAUGUAUAACAUCCAAUUGCUUCAUUGAAGCUUCACCGUUGCCUCUGUCUCACCUCCAGGUAUGUCACAACAAAUCUGGGGAAAUUAACCCAACAAAGAUCCGUGGACUGGUCCAAGGCUACAUCAAGAAAGUGAAGUACUACCGGAAGAAGCAGUCUGGACCCGCUGACCAGAACCCCGCCAAACCCACUGCCAUAGACCCCCCAGUGGCGGCCGCAGCAGCAGCAGUUCCCACUUUCACCCUCGUCCCCAAGGCUACCAAGCCUCCAACUCCCAUCAAGAAUAAAGCCUAAAAGGGAAUUGUUUUCUACUGUUUAUUUUAUUUAUUUUUAUUAUUAUUGAAUGUAGGUGCCAGGAAAUAUUGUUCAAAGUUGGAGUAGGUUGACUACUCUGUUGUAUAAUUCUAGUGCUGGACAUUUGUUUGGUGGUUGAAACUGUUUUUAACAGAUUGAUAUUUUCCAAGGCUAAUGGAACUGAUGUAAAGUAUGGCUGUUUUGGUAUUUUCUUUUUCUCUUUUAUAAUUUAUUUGAUAUCAGUUAUUUUUUUAAUGCUAGCAUGCAAAGUGCAUGAAAUGUACAUUAUUGAUAGAAAAAAGGAAGGCGGUUAAGACAAUUGUAUAGCACACAAGAAAGAAAAAAUAUUUAAAUAUUUUUCCUGAAGAUACGAAUUGUUGUCAGGUCUUGGCUGUAGGAGAAUUAAGUUUUAAUUUUUUCUCUCACAAAAUAUGUUGAGGUUCUUACCAAUGUUACAAGGAACAAUUAUAGAAAAAGAAAUAAAUUGUAAUAGGGCAAUUCAAGAGCUUUGGAGACUGCAAUGAACUAAAAUCUGUGUUCGGAUGCAAGUUUGGACUAUCAGUAAUGCUGACAAUAUAUACCUUUUGUAACAGUGUAAAGCAGUGCUGAAUGAUUUUAGUUACUUUUUUAACAAUGAAUCUCUAGAGCAUUAUUGAUACCAGAAACAGCUUACCAGAACACUGAGUAUCAUUUUUGAGAAAGCACAUUACCUUUCAGUGGAGUAAAAGUAUGUAUACAUAAAAAAGAUGAACAAAAGCACAUUGGUGCUUGCAAUGGAUACUCUUAGAUUAUUGCAGUGAAAGUGGUCAUGGUCUUUUUUCUAUUACCCACAAAAAGAAAGAUUCGAUAAGAUGGUUGUGUGUUGUAAAUGCUCCACUGUAACUUGGUCAGGACAUGUUCCAACCAUCAGAACUCUUUUGUUGAAAAGUUUUGAGGUUUCAACAUAGUUCCUGUGUUCAGAAUUGUGAAUGAUAUCAUGGAAUAUGAGUUCCAUGCCAAGCCAGUUUUUAAAACUGGAGAUAUACAUAUAUAAAUACACACAUAUAUAUAUUAUAUAUUUUAAAUGCAUUCACAGGUAAUGAAUUUUAUUCCCAGUUUAGUUUUCUGCAGUUCUACUUAACUCCAGGACCACUAAUGCCACUCGAGAAGCCUAUGUCAGAAUGUUAGAUGGACGAAUGGCAACCACUGCAGACCCACCAAUUUCCUUGAGAAAUAUGACAAAGAGAGUAAUUUAAGAGAAUUCUAAGAGUAUCUUCUCUAUUUGUAGUGGUUAUGUAUGUAAAAAUGUUUUCAUAUCUUUUAAGUGUGUAUCAGCGUAAAUUGAAUAAAUUUAAAUAGAUUA